AUGCCUACUUGCCAGGGUGUUCUUGUGCUUGAUGUAUUGGUAGACAACAGCGGCCUCUCAACCGGUGUCAGUACAAACUAUCCCUUGCUCCUGGCAAAGAAGGAUGUGCUGAAGGGUGCCAAGUUUGGAAUGCCUGCAAAGCAGGUCUGGGAAAGUGCAAAGGCAAAUGAGGAGCAGACGGCCGAAUAUGAAGCCCUCGUCGGGCUCUUGAAUAGCAUCAAAACCGUCGGUGCAAUGCUCUAUGAGGUUGACUUUCCUAGUGCCGAGGAGAUUCUUCCGCCCAGUGGCUGGGACUGGGAUUUUGCCGAAGGCAAGAUGGGGUCCAAAUUGUCGGAGUUUCAAGUUGUCAAGACCGAGUUCUACCAAGACCUCAAAAUUAUCUGA